AUCACAUUCCAACUCAUCAUCUCUGCUUCACUCUUUUGAUUCCUUCCUUUAAUUUUUGCGAUCAUGGAGUUUCCACCUCCUAACAGCUCCGGAACUGUUCUUCCUCCGAAGAGAGGCCGAAUCAAGAUCAUGAUCGCUCGCGAUCUACUCCGAUCUACGACUUCGAUCCGAUCUUCUCCGAGGAGAAGCCGAAUCAAGAUCAUGAUCGCUCGCGAUCUGGUCAAAUCGGCGACUUCAAUCACCUCGCAAAGGAAACAGAGCAACUACAACGGAGACAGCAAGAGAGGAGGCUGAGCAGAAGCUGAUCUCCUUGCCGUAUUCAUCUUCCACGACUAUCCCUUUCCCUGAGAGGAUCGGAUCGGACCGAAUCGUCAAAUUCAGCUGUAAAUUUUGUAUAAUACAAAUAUGAAACAGAACAUACCGGUUAAUCUCUGGCUCUGUAAAUUAUAAACCGGACCGAAUCGUUAGAUUUUAAUUCUUGUGAAGAAUCAAUCAAGAUGUGUUGUAUAAAGUUUGGGCUGGUACGAAUGUAUCUUUGUAAAACAAAACUAAAUGUAAAUGUGAUUUGUUUAUAGAAAAAGUCUACCUGUUAUUAAAUUUUA